CAGGGGCAGACUGACCAUUUGGAAAUUCGGGCACUGCCCGAGGGCCCGGGGUCAGUAAGGGGCCCCAUGAGAUGCCCCUGGUACUUUUUUCAUAGGCUUUUUUUAGUUUGGGCAAGGACACAGGGGCCCCAUGAUCCCCUAUUGCCCGGGGGCCCCAUGAGUUGUCAGUCCGCCCCUGGUUGUGCCUCCUCAUCAGUGCUUCCUAUCAGUGCCCAUCAGUGCAGCCUAUCAGUGUCCAUCACUGCAGCCUCAUUAGCG